AUGGCGAGGAAAGGGAGGAAUUACGGGGGAAUGGUCGGUGGCUCCGCGGCGGAGUGCACGGCGGUGGCUUGCUGCUUUCCGCUUGCGAUGGUGGAGAUGCUUUUCCUGGGCCUAUACAAGGUUCCCGCCGGACUUUGCAAGAAGGCCCGCGGAAAGAAGAAACGAAACAGUCAGAACCUAGGCUUGCAUCCUACAACGCCGAUGGAUGAUUUGGACACCGAUCUGGACCGGAUGGUGAAAGGGAAGCUAAGUGGGGAUAACGAGGCUGACGGGUCCGUCGAUUCGGAGAAGUUGUUGGACGAGUUCCCAGGAACUGGGUUCUGGAGGGAACCUUCGGGAAUCUCUGCGUUUGACGUACCCGCGGCAAAGAAUUAA